AUGUUAUCGAGAACAGUAUUGAGAAACAGCAGAAACUUGCUCAAGUCACAAUCAUCAAAUAUACUCAGGACAUCCACACAACAAGUGGUACCUACACUCUACCAACUCACUAGCCAAAACACACAAUCAUCAACCCCAUUGUCCCCCUUUACAUCAUUCCAGUCGAAGAGAUUAUACCACGAAAAAGUGAUUGACCACUAUGAAAACCCACGUAACGUUGGAACAUUAAACAAGAAUGACACCGAUGUCGGUACCGGCCUUGUAGGUGCACCAGCUUGUGGUGACGUUAUGCGUUUGCAAAUCAAGGUUGACGAAAAAACAGGCAAGAUUGAAGAUGUCAAAUUCAAGACUUUUGGCUGUGGAUCGGCAAUUGCAAGUUCAUCAUAUGCCACAGAAUUGGUUAAAGGAAAAACUCUUGACGAAGCAUUGGCCAUCAAAAACACAUUUAUCGCCCAGGAAUUGAGUUUACCUCCCGUCAAGUUACACUGCUCAAUGUUGGCCGAAGACGCCAUCAAGUCUGCUGUAAAGGACUACAGAUCCAAGAGAUUGAGAAAAACUAGCAAACCAACAUUGGGACCAGACGCCGCAGUCGCCACCACCGAAGGCGAUGUGGCAACAGCAACAGCCUAA